CCGUGCCAGUAGUGCUACCAGUGCUUUAUUUCCGUCGAAUAGAGCUUUUUUUAUUUAUUUAUACAAUUGACACUGCAGUGGCAGCACAAACGAAAUAUCUCCGAGGUGAUACUCGAUGUUACAUCUCGUAUUCUCUCAUGUUUUUGGCAGCGCAGUAUCAGUGAACCUGGGAAAAUUAAAAAAAAAUCAAAAGCAAAAAUAGGAAGCUGUAGGAUGGGAAAUACAUCGACGAUAAUCUCACGUAGAAAUUCAUCACCAACAGGAAAUAGUGUUAAACGAGUUCACUGGGGUGGCUCAGGAUUGCCUGGACCCCCUGGUAAACCGAUUCUGAUACCAUCAUUCACUGAAGACUCACAACCGAUUAUCGUUGGAAUUCGAUGGGAAAGAUCUGCUUACAAUGGAGGCUCUGCUAUCAUAGGUUAUUUGGUGGAGCAUCGACGGUUGGGUUCACCCCACUGGGUGAGAUCAUCCCCAGGUCUCUGUUCAUUUCCAGAGCUCACGUUGACCGGUCUCGAACCAGGAUGGAGAUAUCAAUUUCGCGUGAGGGCACAGAAUACUGUUGGCCUAUCUCCCACCAGUGAAGUGUCUGAUCCAUUAACAGUGACACUUCAACGUACAGAAGCAGCAGCGCCAGAUUUCAUAACAGAAUUGAAGAAUACGAUCGUCUUGGAGAAUGACCAGGUGGAAUUCAUCGUACACUUUUCGGGAACACCAAUACCUAAAAUAUCGUGGUUCAAGGAUGGCUUCGAGAUAUUCAGUAGUCGACGUACGAAGAUCAUUACUGAGAACGGUAGGAGUAGUCUAGUUAUUCAUCAAACAGCUUUAAAUGAUGAGGGAGAAAUAAAAUGUACAGCUGUGAAUAAGGCAGGUCAUGUCAGCACGCGGGGAAAGCUCAUUUUACAAGCGCAUCCUAAAAUACGUCUUCCACGACAGUACGAAGAUGGUCUCUUAUUUGAGAAAGGUGAGACCAUUAAAUUGAAAAUAUCAAUCGCUGGACGACCGUUUCCAUCCGUCACGUGGUAUCAUGACGGUGACAUAAUUGAAGCUGACGACAGGCAUAUUAUGGAAUCAAUAGACACUGGAGAAUUUUCUUUGACAAUUUUGUCAGCAGAAAGAAAUGAUCGAGGGGAAUAUACGAUGAAAGCUUCAAAUAAAAUUGGUGAUGACAGUUCAUCGUUCCUCGUUACUGUGACAGAUCGUCCUGCUGCUCCUGGAGCCAUAAAAAUCAUCAUGACUCUGGGUCGAUCUGUGACUCUCUCGUGGUCCGAACCUGACGACGACGGCGGUUGUAAGAUAGGAACAUAUAUUGUCGAAUAUUAUAGGAUUGGUUGGAACGUGUGGUUGAAGGCAAACACAAGUCGCAGACCAGAAACCACUCUUGUUGAUUUAAUCGGUGAUUCAGAAUACAAAUUUCGAGUUAAGGCAGAAAACCCAUACGGUGUGAGCGAUCCCAGUGACGAAACUGAUAUUGUAUUCAUUCCUCAGACGAAGGAGAGUUCCAGCAAGAGCGUACCAUCACUCAUUGGAGGUGUGAAAAUCCACGAAAAUCAGCAGAACAGCCGAGGCAGAAGAUUAGAAAAACAAAAUGAGAAUGACAUUAAAAAAACCCAGAUAAGAACGCGAAGUUUAACAAGAGACGAGGCGGCAGCGAGCCACCAACAUUCUGAAGAAUUUCAUCACCAACAGUUGCAGACAAUGACUUCAAGAUCAGUUUCUGUGCAACGUUUGGGAUCUGAUACCGUAUUGACAAAAACUUCACGAUCAGACAGUCGAGUGACAUUUUCAGAUACCGUAUUUCUUCAUGAAGAGAAGCCAUUAGAAGCUCCAUUGGCCCCACGUCCGGCCCCACGAGCAUCAAAACUGGACAGACAUUUGAAAGCUACUGCUGAAAAAAUGGAUCUGUCCGCUUCAAAGGGGACAUCACCUCCUAAUCCUGAUAAUUCAUCUCCUCCUAGCUAUCUCCAUUCGAAUGAAGAAACCGUCUUGCCCUCUCUUCCAAGGACGUCAAGCGCUUCAUCAGUUAAAAAACCGGACGACGACGGAAAAAACGAUGAAGAAUUCAUGUUGAUAUUGUACCCGAAUACCGACGUCGAUUAUACGAAAAAGGACACGAAUAGAGAAUACACACCUGAGCUAGAUUGUAAUUUUGAAAAUGAUGAUGAUUUACUACCUCCACCGAUGUCACGCUCACUACCAGAAUUAUUCAGUGCAGAUCAUCAUCUCAUCGAAAUAAUGAGAGAAGCUUUUAGUUCAACCGAAUUACUUCAUGAACGUGCCAUCGAGAGGUUCCAAAGGGCUGUAGCAAUGGAGGAAGCUAGCACAAAAAAAUAUCCUUUCAACACUGAAAAUUUGCCUACAAAUCAAUUCAGAAAUUUACGUCCACAGAGGAUAUCCACAGCAGAGGAACUACCCACACCUUCACCUCAUUUUGAUACCCCACUAGUGUUGAAUAAAAGAAGAUUUAGCGAGGGACAAGUACCUCCUGCAAAUACUGAUGACAAUCUAGCAAUUACUUCACCACUGACUGUUUCCUCAGAUCCUAAUUUAGUAGAUUUCAAUUCAAACCAACAGUCGCAAUAUGAAAUUCACGAACCACUUCUGAAACCUGCGACGAGUCUUCGACGAUGGGACGAUGAAAACUUGCAUUCAAUGACUGGAAAUGAUACGUCAGAAGAGGAGUUUUCAUCGGAUGACGAAAAAUUACUGUCAAAUAACGUCUUAAUUACGGAAUAUGCGCAAAAGGAUCCAGGAAUAAAUCCAGGAAGUGGAGUAGUUUUACAGCCAAAGUCAAUUCUUAAAAAAAGGGUUGAUGACGUGCCAGGACCAUUCACCAUCUCCUCACCUACACCAAAAACCCAAUCAGCUGAUGGGAAACAUUUUGGUGAUGUCACACGUCUGAAUAAUCCCUCUGACACUGUGGAACUACCUGUCGUGUCUGAUACAGAAAACGAUAACGCUAGUCUGAUGAUCGCAGCUGAAGUAGCUCAGAAUCGUCGAAAAUUAAGUGCAAAGUCUUCACUCGCUAAAAGGGAGACAGCUGAAUCUAAGGAAGAUGUUGAAGCUAAACGCGCUGUCAUUGAUCUUUACGCUGAAAUCGUUAACGCAUAUUCAUCUCCUCCUGUUUCUCGUUCAGCAAAUUACACGACUGGAGAGAUUUCACGUACGAUAAAUCCCAGUCGCAUUCCAAGCAAUGAAAAUUUCGAGACUCCCAAUGAUGUCCAUCCAAUGAUGUCCAAUCAGUUGACGAAAAACUUGGAGAUGCAGAGGAAGCCAAACGAGCGAAAGAAUUCAACGGGAGCUGGAAAUAAUUCUAUUGGGGGAAAGGAUAUUCCUUCCAGGCCUUCCAGGAUCGACUUUGAAGCCACUAGCAGAGAGUCAUCCGCAUCAAGAUCAUCAUCAACGACUCGAAAGCGACGCAGACGGCGAGGGUCAACUACGAAAGGAAUAACUCAUGUCAAGACGUUCGAUGACACAUUGCAGAUAAAUGCGAAUGAACCGGGGAAAGAACAACAGACAAAUUGCAGGAACAAGGAUGGAUUGCUCACUAGAAUGACUGGACGUAGUCUAAGAUCGUCUGCUAUCAAUGAUGAAGCUGCCAACAUAAUUGUGGAACCAUUGAGAGUCCAAACUCGUGUGAAGGUUCAAUCUAUCAUGAGUUACACCACUGAUCUGAUACUUUUUCUUGGUGCCCUUUACAUUUAUCUGUUUAAAAAGGAAAUACUAGCUGUUCCCCUCAUCGGACUCGUACUCUACCGUAGAAUACAAUCAGAUUUAACAAAUUGGAUUCCACAUUAAUAUAAGACAAUACAGAGCAAUACAUUCAAACACAGAGCGAAAUAUUAAUUAAAAAUUACGUAUCUUUACGGUACUUCCGAAGUAGUUAUAGGAAAUUUUACGAAACUGUCACGUAAUUUUUUCUGAAAGUUCUGUAAUUUUUAUCUGAGUCAUCUGUGGAAAAUUACGAUACCAUCGGACAAAAUUUCCCAGUCGAUUCCGCAUAUAAUCGAUGAGAGAACUGUGAGGUUCGUAAUUUUUACUAAAUAUUUGUUUUCGAGCACAUGAGGU